CAACACUUCCCUCGGACUCAUCUAGCCUCAAGGCCUGCUCCAACACAAUCUACAUCUUUAGACGCAUCUCUUAGACAGGACAUUCUUACGCACGAAAGCUGAACGACGAAUCUUCUUGGAAGCUGGCACGCGACAUUGAUCAGUUCACCUCUGCGAUCACGGCUGCUCUACCUGAUCCGGUGCUCUUCAACCAGCUCUUCUGCCUUUCACUGCCGAAUCCUAGAGAACUUUUGACCCGCCAAGGCACUGCAAAUCGACCAAGCGCUCAAUCUUGGAAAGAUGCUGGAUUGGUAUAGUUAUCCGGCAUCCAGAGGCAUCCUCUACGAGCCGCUGGAACGAAGGGCAUCUCGCAUCACGCCGACGGCCGAUCAACGCACGCUCAUCAUCGUAGCUUGCGUUUACGCAGUAGUGAUAGCCAUCAUCUGGCAUGUGCCAUACAUCAAGCUCGUCAUUUAUCCCUUCAAGCUCUUGACUGUGGCAUUUCACGAGUUUGGACAUGCAGCCGUCGGGCUGUGUACGGGCGCCAAGAUUGAGAGCAUCGAGCUGGAUCCGAACGAGGGAGGAGCUACGAGAAUGAGAGGGGGUGUGCCUUGGCUCACCCUUCCUGCUGGAUAUCUGGGCAGCUCUUUCGUCGGAGCGGCACUCAUCGCUUGCGCGUUCGACAUCAGAGCUAGCAAAGUCGUCACCUUUGUCCUGGCGGCGUUCUUUUUGCUGACCUUGUGGUGGGCGAGGAGGGAUUGGUUAACAUGGGUGCUCUUGAUUUGCAUGGCUGGUCUCAUCGUGGGAUUCUGGUUCAUCGCGAACGGAGUAGCUUUGCAGUUUUUGGUCCUCUUCAUCGGCGUCAUGUCAUGUCUGUACUCACUGUGGGAUAUCUGCGACGACCUCAUUUUCCGCAAGGUCAACGAAUCGGAUGCAACUGCUUUCGCAAAAGUGGUCGGAUGCUUCCCUCCGCAGCUGUGGGGAGUCUUGUGGCUUAUCAUUUCCUUGGUGUUUUUCGCUGCGGGCAUUAUCAUCGGCAUCGUUGCAUUCAAGGAUCCGCUGUCCGAACAGAGAGCCGACGACUUCUUGAACACUCGAUAGGCUGACGCGCGGAGUGUCGCUCUUCACCGUGCGUCAGAACUAUGUUGACCUCGAAUCCGAGACCUUCAGACUUGGUCUAUCUCAUUUGCUCUGUGUGAAAGCGGCUCGAUCAUAAUGUAGACAGUAAAUACCUCAUGCACGGACAAUCAGGAUUUGUACAUCUCUCCCG